AACGCAUAGUGACUACUGACAUGUCAAGCUGUUUGAAGUAAAAUGUCAUAGUUAUAGGCUCAAUAUUUUCUGGACUAAAUGAGCCAAAUCCAAAAACUACUAGUACUACUUACAUUAUUUUAUUUGCCUUUUCCAUUGAGGCAUUUCUUUGAAGGGAAUGGACUGCACGUAUGAUGUCGAUUUGGAAGAACUGUGUCCAGUUUGCGGCGAUAAGGUUUCCGGAUACCACUACGGUCUGCUGACCUGUGAAAGUUGUAAGGGUUUUUUCAAGAGAACGGUUCAAAACAAUAAGAGGUACAAUUGCGCAGAAAACCAAGAUUGCAAAAUUGACAAAACGCAAAGGAAAAGAUGUCCCUUUUGUCGCUUUCAGAAAUGCAUCACUGUCGGAAUGAGAUUAGAAGCGGUGCGGGCAGACCGCAUGCGGGGCGGCAGGAACAAGUUCGGCCCGAUGUACAAGCAGGACCGGGCCCUGAAGCAGCAGAAGAAGGCUCUGAUCCGGGCCACGGGCCUGAAGCUGGAAUCUGGGCCUCUGCUCCCGGCCCCUCCUCAAACGGACUGCACGUUCACCCCCAGCCCCCAUUGCCCCUCCCCCAUGCUGAAGGCCCCGGCCCAGCCCCUCCAAGACCCUCCGGGCUACACCCCCUUUGCCAUGUCAGCGCCCGGGCCUUUCCCGGGUCUGUACCAGUACGGUGCCGCCCCCUUACCCAAUCGGGCCAUUAAGUCGGAGAUCUCCGACCCCUCCUGCUCCCCGGACUCCCUGACGGGCUUCGGUUUCCAGGAUGUUGGCUGCCUGUCAGUAUCGCCGCAGCAACCUGGGACCGUUGCUGCCACGGCGCCAGCGCUGGUGCUGGAGCUCCUGCACUGCGAACUGGACGAGGCGCAGGUGCGGGCUCGGAUACUGGAGCACCUGCAGCAGGAGCAGGCCGGGCUGGGCCGGCUGGACCGCACCGGUGCCUUCGGCCUCGUGUGCCGCAUGAUGGACCAGAUGCUCUUCUCCGUGGUGGACUGGGCCCGCGGCUGCGUCUUCUUCAAGGAGCUCAAGGUGGGGGAUCAGAUGAAGCUGCUGCAUAACUGCUGGAGUGAGCUGCUUCUGCUGGGUCACAUCUACAGACAGAUACAGCACAGCAAAGAGGACAGUGUGCUGCUGGUCACCGGACAGGAGAUUGAAAUCUCUUCCACUGCUGACCAGGCGGGGGCGAUACUGAGCGGCCUGGUGCAGAGCUGCCAGGAGCUGGUGAGGAAACUGCAGGCUCUGCAGGUGGACCGUGGAGAGAUUGCCUGCUUCAAGUUCCUCAUCCUCUUCAACCCCGAUGUGAAGUUUCUGGAAGGCCAGCAGUUUGUGGAGAGCGUGCACGAGCAGGUGAGCGCGGCUCUACUGGAGCACACGCUCUGCAACUACCCGCAGUCCCUGGACAGGUUCGGCCGGCUGCUGCGUCGGCUGCCCGAGCUGCGCAGCCUGAGCGUGCAGGCGGAGGACUACCUGUGCUACAGGCACCUGAGCGGGGAGGUGCCCUGCAACAGCCUGCUCAUCGAGAUGCUGCACGCCAAGAGGGCCUGCUCCUGAGGCUCUGCCCCCUUCCACCUUAACCUCCCAUCCAGUAAGCAGACACCUCCCACAGAAUGAAAGCCUGUUCUUGAGGCUCCACCCCCUUCCACCCUAACCACCCAUCCAGUAAGCAGACACCUCCCACUGUAUGAAAGCCUACUAUUGAGGCUCCGCCUCCUUCCACCUUAACCACCCAUCCAGUAAGCAGACACUCUGGAGGCUCCGCCCUUUACUGCCUUAACCUCCAAUUCAGUGACUCCUCCCUCAGUAGGAGGGAGCCAUUUUGCAUCAGUUUGUGCAAAGAGUUUGAGUAUCUCAUAUUUCCCCUCUGUUGCUACUUUUUAAGCUAAUUUUCUUCCAUGCAUGUUAAAUUUCUCAAGUAGGCAAUGCUGCUCCAAUGUUCCCGGUUUAUGAAACGGAACUUUUUAAACUCUCAAAUGUUCUCGUGUGAGUGCCAUGUAAUUUGUGGAUGUACAGAAACAGCAUUUACAGCACAGGCGUGGAUCCGAGAGCCCGAGCACCCGCCCCUUUUGCCCAACGUGCCCCUAUGAUACGGCAAAAAAGUUUUCUAAAUAUUAUUAUUGUUGCUGUCAUUAAGUUUCAUUAAUUCAUUUAGGUAACGUGUAUUCUGUAAAAUAACUGUUUGACAUAAAACUGUUUUUCUAGGUUGGUAUGCCCUUUUCUUACUUUCAGCACCUGCCCCUGGUUGGCAAGGAGAAACCUCGGUAACACGGUACAGCGUACCUAAAAAUAAAUAAAUAAAUGAAU